AUGGCGACCCCCAACAACCUGACCCCCACCAACUGCAGCUGGUGGCCCAUCUCGGCGCUGGAGAGCGAUGCGGCCAGGCCGGUGGAGGCCCCUGCCGCGCCCGAGGCGGCCAGCCCCGCCCAUUGGCCCAAGGAGAGCCUGGUUCUGUACCACUGGACCCAGUCCUUCAGCUCGCAGAAGGUGCGGCUGGUGAUCGCGGAGAAGGGGCUGGCGUGUGAGGAGCGGGACGUGAGCCUGCCGCAGAGCGAGCACAAGGAGCCGUGGUUCAUGCGGCUCAACCUGGGCGAGGAGGUGCCCGUCAUCAUCCACCGCGACAACAUCAUCAGCGACUACGACCAGAUCAUCGACUACGUGGAGCGCACCUUCACGGGAGAGCACGUGGUGGCCCUGAUGCCCGAGGCGGGCAGCCCGCUGCACGCGCGGGUGCUGCAGUACCGCGAGCUGCUGGACGCGCUGCCCAUGGACGCCUACACGCACGGCUGCAUCCUGCACCCGGAGCUCACCACCGACUCCAUGAUCCCCAAGUACGCCACGGCCGAGAUCCGCAGACAUUUAGCCAACGCCACCACAGACCUCAUGAAAUUAGACCAUGAAGAGGAGCCCCAGCUCUCCGAGCCCUACCUUUCCAAACAGAAGAAGCUCAUGGCCAAGAUCCUGGAGCACGACGACGUGAGCUACCUGAAGAAGAUCCUCGGGGAGCUGGCCAUGGUGCUGGACCAGAUCGAGGCGGAGCUGGAGAAGAGGAAGCUCGAGAACCAGGGGCAGAAAUGUGAGCUGUGGCUUUGUGGCUGCGCCUUCACCCUCGCUGACGUCCUCCUGGGGGCCACCCUGCACCGCCUCAAGUUCCUGGGACUGUCCAAGAAAUACUGGGAAGACGGCAGCCGGCCCAACCUGCAGUCCUUCUUUGAGAGGGUCCAGAAGCGCUUUGCCUUCCGGAAAGUUCUCGGUGACAUCCACACCACCCUGCUGUCGGCCGUCAUCCCCAAUGCGUUCCGGCUGGUCAAGCGGAAACCCCCAUCUUUCUUUGGGGCGUCCUUCCUCAUGGGCUCCCUGGGCGGGAUGGGCUACUUUGCCUAUUGGUACCUCAAGAAAAAAUACAUCUAG